UCAAGCCAUGUGGGUAGAUGGCUGAAAGGCUAGAUUCUUGUAGAUUGUUUUCAGUCCCAGUAAGAUUAGCAAAGUAGAAAUGGAGGUAGGUGUUGGAAGAGGGUUGUUGACAAUGUUACAUAGGAACCAGAGGUCCCAUGCUCGAGGUUUUCUCCCCAGCCCCACAUCGGAAUCUCCUUUGGCGCUCUCGUCAUUUCUUCAAAAUACGUUUUCCCUGGUGUCUCCAAAAUAGUACAGGGGUGCUGCGCCGGCAGUCAGUGAAUGCCUUCAUUCUGUGAAUCUGCACGCCACCUUCCCUCUUAGUUUCCUCGUUACCCCACUGCCAUCCAACCUGCUUUCUUCUGCAUGGUGCCUUCAUUUCCCCCAGUCCCAGCCCGCCUCUCACUCAGCUCCCCCGCCCCCUCUCCCUGCGCUCCUCCGGGCGAAGGGGAGGAAGGGGCGGGCAGGAGCUGCUGCUGCAUCCACUGCCGCGCCUGGCAAGCAGGCAGGCAUUUCUCCUCCCACAGCCAGCGCCGAGAGCGCGGAGCUCGGGCCGUGGCACCUUGGCGGGCUUCAUUCUCCUGCACCGAGGGAAGCUAGAACCGAGGCGCCUGGAAGAAGCACGGAGCCCAGGCGGGACGCCCCGGCCCCCACGGUCAGGAUAGCCCCCGCCCGCUGCUGCAAGCAUCCUCCCGGGGUGCUAGCCACGAUGCUGCCCGCGCCUGCGGUGGGAGCAGCCCCAGCCGAGCAGGGCUAACUUGCUUCCCCUGGCCGAUCCACCUUAUCUCCCUUCCCCUCCAGGGGCCGCCCUGCAGCCCCACUGACCCUAGCCAUGGCGAAGCAGUACGAUGUGCUUUUCCGACUGCUUCUGAUCGGGGAUUCCGGGGUCGGCAAGACCUGUCUCCUGUGCCGCUUCACGGACAACGAGUUCCAUUCCUCCCACAUCUCCACCAUCGGAGUUGACUUUAAGAUGAAGACUAUAGAAGUAGAUGGCAUCAAAGUUCGGAUACAGAUUUGGGAUACUGCAGGACAGGAGAGAUAUCAGACCAUCACCAAGCAGUACUACAGACGGGCCCAGGGAAUAUUUUUAGUCUAUGACAUCAGCAGUGAGCGAUCUUACCAGCACAUCAUGAAGUGGGUCAGUGAUGUGGAUGAGUAUGCACCAGAGGGAGUCCAGAAAAUCCUUAUUGGGAAUAAGGCUGAUGAAGAACAGAAAAGGCAAGUGGGAAGAGAACAAGGUCAGCAGCUGGCUAAGGAGUAUGGCAUGGACUUCUUUGAAACUAGUGCCUGCACCAACCUCAACAUAAAGGAGUCCUUCACUCGACUGACGGAAUUGGUUCUGCAGGCACACAAGAAAGAGCUUGAUGGUCUCCGAGCACAUGCCAAGGAGGAACUGGCACUGGCUGAGUUGGAAGAGAAAGACAGCAAAACUGAAGGCACAGGAAAUUCUUCAAAAAAUUGCUGGUGUUGAGAAUCCCAUGCAGGGCAUCCCCCUGCUCUCUGUCACAUUUUCCCCUUCACAGACCAGGGGACAGUAAAGGGCUCUGGGUUUCACUCCCCUACUGCUCUUCCCUUACCCAGAAAAAUUCA